CAUUAUUUGAAUAGGAUUUAAUUUAUUAAUAUAUUUUUAUUUUGGAUUGCUUAUAGAUAAAUCUUACUGCCGUAGAGAAUAAUUAAUUGCUACAAUGCUAACAAUGUUCAACUACAACUCAUACUAUAAUUCCAAUAAUGGUAUGCCACAAACCGAUCCGCAUAAACAACCACCACAACCUUUGCAACCACUGCAACUGCAUCAACAACAAAUGCCAAACGUGCAAUAUAUCCAAACACAACAAAAUCAACUGAUUCUUCAAGGCCAGAAGCAACAAGCACCUCAGCUUCCACAACAAAACCAAGCACUUCCUUCUAUAUUUGCUAGUUUACCACAACAAGAGUCAGUAUCUGCCAAUACCAAUAUUAGUUCAAGUGCGGUACCUGCACAAUUCAUGGCAUAUUCGGCAUCUGUCCCACAACUACCACCAACACCAUUUUCUUAUGAUUACUCCUCCAACCAAUACAAUGGUGCGAACAGUGCCAACGGCUAUUCCCAACAACCACGCCCAUACUCUGCCCUCCCUAUUCCACAAGCUGGAGGUUAUAGUGCUUACUAUCAAUACAAUAAUGCUGCUGUCAACGGUUCACAGGCAGCUUUACCAGUAUUACCUUCUAAUAGCCAAAGAUAUCCACUUAGUCCAUUAUCUGGACAAUCAGAUAACAAUAGUACUGUUGGUAAAUCACUGGCAACAUCCCUGAAAGGUUCUUCAACUUCUCCCCCAGAUAUUGACUAUUCUUCUCUUGUCUCGUAUACUAUCUCCCGUUCUAUACGAAGAAAAAGAAGAAAAAAGGCAACCGACGCCACACCCUUAAACCCUGUUGAAUCCUUCCCCUGUGAAGUGUGUAACAAGGUGUUUCAAAAGCACUACAAUUUGAAAUCACAUAUGAAGACCCAUUCCACCGAAAAACCAUUUAAAUGUAGUCAUUGUUUCAAAACCUUUGCUAGAUCCCAUGAUAAAAAGAGACAUGAACUUUUACAUAACGGGAUAAAAAAUUUCAAAUGUGAGGGUUAUUUACAAGACGGUGUAACCAAAUGGGGAUGUGGUAAGAAGUUUGCUAGAAGUGACGCAUUAUCUCGUCAUUUCAGAACUGAAACUGGUUGGCUUUGUAUUAGGCCCUUGAUGGACGAAGCCAAACGGUUAGAGGAUGCAGGAAUAAGUUCCUCGAUUAGUGUUCCUGUCGCUGCUGGUGCUAUAAUUCCAAGCUCUUCUUCUGUGAGUACUAGUAUCGCUUCUACUAACUCUACAAACUCCAGAUCACCUAAUGGGGAAGAAUAUUAUGACAACACUUCGCUCAUAAAGAAGUUGAUACAAGGUAAAUAGUAGCUGGCUGGUAAUUUUAUGUAUAAAUAUAUUUGGUUCUUCUUUUCUGUGUCAUUCCUUUGUUGUUUACUAGUUUGAUAUAGCGUUUUAAUUAUUUAGUAUGGGAUACUUAAUGCAUGAUAAAACCC